AAAAAGGAAAAACUUGGGACCAAAAAGAACCCCUUUUAAUUGCAAAAGCACCCUAUACAUCAAAUCAAAUAAUCCACAAACACCAAUCUCAGAGUUCUCUCCAUCUCUGUAUCAAACGUUCUUGUCCUCAGCCAAAAUCAACGACCCAGAUUCAAUCGGAUAACGAUCAACCUAUCAUUGAUUCAAUCGCUACCGUCGAUUCCACGAAACCCAAAAAGACUGAAGAAAAUGGCGCCUGAGGUGGUGCUACAGCUCGGCCUUCUCAUCCUAACCCUAGCAAUGUUCUUCGCCAUACACAAAAUCUCCAGAAAAGCCCUAACCAAGCUCCGAACCAACAACCGAGCCAACCUCCAAUCGACCCGCCACUUCGUCCAGGGGUCUCACCUCCUGACCCGAGCCCGAUCCAAUCCUCACAAAGCCCAAUCGCAGGCCCAUGCCAAAAACGCCUUAACGGAGGCGGAGAAGGCACUGGCUCUCUCCCCAAGAGACCCGGGCCCGCACAUUCUCAAAGCCCUAGCUCUCGAUCUCUUGGGGCACAAGACCUCCGCGCUGAAAUCGUUCGACGUGGCUCUGUCGCCGCCGUGCGUGAAGUCACUCUCGGAGAGGGAGCGUGGGGAGGCACUGGUGAAGAGGGCGGAACUGAAGAUCGGGCUGAACCGGAGGCGCCGGGUUGACUCGGCGGUCGAGGACCUGGUGCAAGCGGUCAGGCUGAGUCGAGGCGAGGGAGAUGAUGUGACGUCGUUCUGUUUGUUGGGUCAGUGCUACGAGUGGAAAGGGAUGAAGGAGGAAGCUAGGGAGGCUUUUGAGCGGGCCUUGAGGGCUGAGCCCGGGUCAGUUUUGGCCCGUCAAGGCUUGGAUCGGUUAGGAUCCUAGCUCUGGUAGUUUGUAUAUGACUUUGGGCUUAGAUUUGUGAUAAGCAUUAUGGUCAUUUUAAUUUUGAUCUAUUGUAGUCUUUUCUUUUUCUUGCGUAAUUGAUUAAUUAUGGGAUUAAUAUAUUUA